UAGCCUUCACGACUAAAUCCACCACCACUCCCGCACCCCUCACCUCUCCCCCGCGUCGCCUCCUGCCUCCCCCUCACUCUGCGCGUCGGGCGGGGGCAGCUGCCGCGGGGCGGCACCAAACCCUAGUGGCUCCGGGCGGCAUCGAUCCGCUCUCCAGCGGCCGGACGCCGGGCGAGGCGCGGCGGUGGUUGCGCUCGCGCUCGCGCUCGGCGCGCGGGUCCCGCGGCGGGGGCUCGACGAGGGCGCGGUGGGCCCCCCGCUCCAGGCGGCGCGGGCGUUAAGGCGGCGGGCGGAGGCGGGGAGGGGUUGGGAUUUCUUGCGCGGGACGAUGAGGCGGAGGCUCGCGGCCGCGGCGUCGCGGGCGGGGCUGUGAAUGGGAGCGGCGGGGCGCUGCGGGCGGCGGCUGCGCACAUGGAGGCCGGGGCACCGCCCCGCGGCGGGCGCGGGAGGGUGCUUUGGCUCGUCAGCGUCGAGAUUGCGUUGAUUCUAGUCUGUACUCAAGGAGCUGGUGCGGAUUCUGGCGAAAGCAAAGCAUUGCUUCCGCAAGACGUGGAAGCUGGAGAAAAGGAUGUUUACCUUAGCCACUCUUGCAUCCAUGACGAGAUCCUACAUCAGCGGCGACGAGCUGGGCGGAAGGAGUACUCUGUCAUGCCACAGGUGUACCAUGAGUCUCGAGAAAAAGCGGAGCACGUAAGAGGACGGCACUUGUUGAGUUUGUCGUCUUCGCGUGCUCCACAGAGGAAUGUCAGGAAGCCAAUACGCAUAUACCUCAAUUACGAUGCUGUCGGGCACUCGCCUGACCGGGAUUGUAAAAGAGUUGGUGACAUCGUAAAGCUUGGCGAGCCUCCUGUACUGUCAGCACCAGGAACACCUAUAUGCGAUCCUCAUGGCGAUCCACCACUGGUGGGAGACUGCUGGUAUAAUUGCACCCUUGAGGACAUAGCUGGGGAGGACAAGAAGCAACGGCUCCGGAAGGCACUGGGACAAACAGUAGAGUGGUUUAGAAAAGCUCUAGCUGUUGAACCUGUCAAGGGGAACCUGCGGCUCAGUGGGUACUCAGCUUGUGGUCAGGAUGGAGGUGUGCAACUACCCCAUGCAUAUGUUGAAGAUGGUGUUGCUAAUGCCGAUUUAGUCCUCUUAGUAACAACAAGACCGACGACAGGUAACACCCUUGCAUGGGCUGUGGCCUGCGAACGUGAUCAGUGGGGUCGAGCCAUUGCAGGACAUGUUAAUGUGGCCCCUCGUCAUUUGACAGCUGAAGCAGAAACAUUACUUUCAGCUACUCUAAUACAUGAGGUCAUGCAUGUUCUAGGAUUUGAUCCUCAUGCCUUCACACAUUUUCGUGAUGAAAGGAAGAGGAGACGUGGUCAGGUUACUGUUCAGACUUUGGAUGAAAAGCUUGGAAGAAUGGUUACUCGUGUUGUCCUACCUCGAGUAGUAAUGCACUCCAGACAUCACUAUGGAGCAUUUUCCCAAAACUUCACUGGGUUGGAAUUGGAGGAUGGGGGAGGCAGGGGUACCUCAGGUUCACAUUGGGAGAAAAGACUCUUAAUGAAUGAGAUCAUGACUGGGUCAGUGGAUACAAGAUCGGUGGUUUCAAGAAUGACUUUAGCACUAUUGGAGGACAGUGGAUGGUAUCAAGCUAAUUACAGCAUGGCUGAGCAUUUAGAUUGGGGCCGGAAUCAGGGAACAGAGUUUGCUAUAUCUCCUUGCAAUUCGUGGAAAGGGGCAUACCACUGCAACACAACUCAACUAUCAGGAUGCACAUAUAAUAGAGAAGCAGAGGGUUACUGCCCUAUAGUAAGCUAUAGUGGGGACUUGCCCAAAUGGGCUCAGUAUUUUCCCCAAGCCAAUAAAGGUGGUCAGUCUUCACUAGCAGAUUACUGCACAUAUUAUGUUGCUUAUUCCGAUGGUUCAUGCACUGAUGUAAAUAGCGCACGAGCACCUGACAGAAUGUUAGGUGAAGUGCGAGGAAGUAACUCAAGGUGCAUGGCCUCAACUCUAGUGCGAACAGGCUUUGUCCGUGGAUCUAUGACCCAAGGAAAUGGCUGUUAUCAGCAUCGCUGCACAAACAACUCAUUAGAGGUUGCUGUUGAUGGAAUCUGGAAGUCAUGUCCACAAGCCGGUGGGCCUGUUCAGUUCCCAGGAUUUAAUGGGGAAUUAAUUUGCCCGGCGUAUCAUGAGUUGUGUAAUACUGUACUAGUCCUUGUGACUGGCCAGUGUCCCAAAUCGUGUAGUUUUAAUGGUGACUGCAUCGAUGGGACCUGUCAGUGUUUCCCUGGGUUUCAUGGACGUGACUGCAGCAGAAGAUCUUGUCCAGACAAGUGCAGUGGCCAUGGUAUAUGCAAAGCUAAUGGGAUCUGCGAAUGUCAAAAUGGAUGGACAGGGAUUGAUUGUUCAACAGCGGUCUGUGAUGAACAAUGUAGUUUGCAUGGAGGGGUUUGCGAUAAUGGUAAAUGUGAGUUCCGUUGUUCAGAUUAUGCGGGCUACACUUGUCAAAAGGGUUCUACAAUACUGCCCAGCCUGUCAAUGUGUCAUGAUGUACUUGUUAGAGAUUCGGAUGGGCAGCAUUGUGCACCAAGUGAACUCAGCAUACUACAACAGCUUGAAGCUGUAGUUCUGGUGCCAAAUUACAAUAGGUUGAUGCCAAGUGGACGGACGGCACGGACCUUUCUUAACUUCUUCAACAAUGCCAAUUGUGCAGCAGCUGCGAAGCGGCUGGCCUGCUGGAUCUCGAUUCAACGGUGUGACGAGGAUGGGGACAACAGGCUUCGGGUAUGCUAUUCUGCAUGCGAAUUGUACAAUACCGCUUGUGGAGCGGGUCUGGAUUGCUCAGACCAGACCCUUUUUAGCAAGAGGGAAGAGGAGGAGAAAGGUGUUCCUUGCACAGGAUAUGGCGAGAAGAAAUCUUUCUGGCUAUAACUUCUCCCGAGCUUCUCCCCUUACUGCUGUGGAAGAAGCUCAGCAAUUGUGUAAAGUAUAAUUGACUGUUUUCUUUUCUUUUUUUCCUUUUCAUCCACUACUUCCCAAUUGUAGGAUACGGGAAGUAGGAGGUCCAUUUCACCUAGGCGCCUGAAGAUGGGUGCCUGGUGUACAAGCUGUGUUGGAGUGGGCUCUUUGUUAGAAGGUUAGUCUGACUGGAAGAGGGGAGUUGUGGGAGAUGGAGGUGGAUGGUAGAUUCUUUGUUUUCGCUUCAGAAGUAGUGAAGGGAAUGUAAAGGUUGAUGUGUGUUGUAAUCCAUGAUCCUUAACAGAAUCAUUUCAAUGAGAGCCCCUGUGUUGUGUCUC